GGGGCGCAACGGGACAGGUUCUAUCCCACACGCGGCUUUGUUAUGCAAGAAGUUUGUCCCUCCGGCCCGCUGUAGUUUGUGUGAGAAGAGAAUGUAGGGCAGAGGUGACCGCUGUAUACUCUGUACUGUACACACCGAGAUCAUCCCACAGAGGCGGCUGCAGAUGUUUGGCUCUGUCUAAUGAUGGAGAAUCGUGUGUUUGAGUCCGUGGAGGAGAGGACCUUCCAAUACCAGGAGUCUCUGCCUCCCCUCCCUGUCCCUUCCCUGGAAGAGUCCUUGUCCAAGUACUGCGAGUCAGUUAAACCUUUUUUAAAUGAACAAGAAUACGAGAAGACUUGUAAAAUCGUAAAAAAAUUUGAAACCGGAAUUGGCCAAGAACUCCACCAGAAACUAUUAGAAAGGGCUAAAACAAGAAAGAACUGGUUGGAAGAAUGGUGGUUGAAUGCUGCGUACCUCGAUAUUCGGAUGCCUUCCCAACUCAAUGUCAACUUUGGGGGUCCUGGUCCUUACCUAGAACAUUACUGGCCUGCCAAGCCUGGCACCCAACUGGAGAGAGGCUGCAUAGCUACGUGGCACACACUUAAAUACUGGGAACUCAUUAGAAGGGAGAAGCUGGGGGUGCACAAGGCUGGUAAUAAACCACUAGAUAUGCACCAAUUUCGAAAUCUCUUCAACACUUGUAAGAUCCCAGGUGUCACCAGAGACUCGAUUGUCAACUACUUUAAGACUGAGAGCGAAGGCAGUUGCCCCACCCACCUGGUGGUCAUGUGUCGGGGGCGAAUCUUCAUCUUCGAAGCUGUCGUUGACGGCCAAAUCCUUUCCCCGCCAGAGAUAUUCAGGCAGCUCUCUUAUGUUCAGAACAUAUGCCAAAGUCAGCGUGACGGGAUUGGGAUUUCCGCUCUGACCACAGAGGAGAGGACCCGCUGGGCUCUGUCUCGUGAGCAUCUGAUUAGUCUAGACCCAAAGAAUCUUUCUCAUCUUGAGCGAAUCCAAAACAGCCUGUUUGUUGUGUCUCUCGAUGAAGACAGUCCACAUGGAACUCCUGAAGAUUACAGCCAGAUUGCAUAUAAAGCUCUGGCUGGAGACCCAACUGUGCGCUGGGGGGACAAGUCUUACAACUUCAUCAUGUGGCGCAAUGGAGUGUUCGGCUCCAACUGUGAUCAUGCUCCCUACGAUGCCAUGGUGCUGGUGGCUAUGAGUGACUACAUCGAUCAGAACUUAAAGGCCUCCGAGGGACGUUGGAAGGGUCCUAUGUCAGUCCAGGAAUUGGCGCAACCCGCAGAGCUGGUUUUCACUGUGGAUCAGAAAAUCCUAAAUGACAUCGCUCUUGCCAAAGCACAGUAUCAUACUCAGGCCUCAGAUCUCCAGAUUGCCAACUAUGCCUUUACUUCCUUUGGGAAGUCACUAGUGAAGAAGAAGAAGCUCCAUCCAGACACCUUCGUGCAACUGGCUCUACAAUUAGCUUUCUAUAAACUUCAUGGCCGUCCCGGAUGUUGUUAUGAAACGGCCACUACUAGAAUGUUCUACCACGGGCGCACUGAGACUAUGAGACCCUGCACUAUGGAGGCCGUGACCUGGUGCCGCUCCAUGCUGGACCCUUCCUCUAGUCUCGCCGAGCGACAGAGGUUGAUGCUCAGCGCUUUUGCGAAACAUAACAAAAUGAUGAAGGAAUUCCAGCAGGGGAAAGGAUUUGAUCGCCAUCUGCUGGGUCUCCUCCUCAUUGCAAAAGAACAAGGGAUUGCCGUGCCAGAGCUCUACAACGAUCCAGCCUUUACAAAAAGUGGAGGAGGUGGAAAUUUUGUCCUUUCCACCAGCCUCGUUGGCUACACCAAUGUCCAUGGAGGUGUAGUCCCCAUGAUACAUGACGGAUACGGCUUUUUCUAUAGAAUCCGGGAUGACAGGUUUGUAGCCGCCUGCACUGCCUGGAAGUCCAGCCCGGAGACAGACGCUGAAAAGCUCCUGCGGACCGUGUUCCAGAACUUUCAGGAGAUGAUCCAGCUGACGGUGAACGCCCAGCUGUAGUCUGGGAGGAGGUUGUCAAGAACACACUGUUGUCUCCAGUUAUUCACUAACAAUGCACAUUACUGGCACAAGGUUUACACUUUCGUAGCGAUCAAUACUUGUAUAUCUAGGUGCUGCAAGCUUACAGACAGAGUCUGGUUUAUUGUUCUUAUUAUAGUGGCUUACAAAUAUCAUGCAGAGGUGUGUAAUGCAGCAUGGGCUGUGGAUAAUUGGGAUCCUUGUCUUUUGACAGUGAUCACCUAACAUAGGAUUGUUGUCUAUACACCAUGUUAAAACCAAUGUCUGUCAGCCUGUAACUGGGAGAAUAGAAUUAUUAAACUCUAUUUUUGUAGUUUUCUGCAGUAGAGGUCCAGACUAACAUUAGAUGCUGCCUCUCUGUAAUAAAAUCCAAUCCAAACCAGAACAGAAACAUAAAAAAUAUUCAGACUUUAACCAACUCUCGCCCAGCCUAUUGUAACAAAAAAAAACAUGCUAAGCAGGACAAGGUUACCCCAGGAGGGUAUCGUAUAAGGUCCUCCCAUUUGCGUGCUUUGUGUGUGCCCAAGGGGGCAUGCAGCGGCGCAAUCUGUGGCCCACUUUGUCCUGUGAAACAUAGAUCGUUGUACCCGGCCACUGUGCACAGUUACAGCAAUCACUCCAGUUGACAACACAGGCUUUCAUUUAUAGCUAGUGUAUAUACUACUGGGAUCGCUGUGAUUGCUCACAGUGAUCUCAUGGUACAGGGCCAAUCACAGCAGACCUUUACUAUGCGAUAGUUGUGGCCAAUCACAGCCAUCAAGAUAAUACGCAAUGGCACAUGAAUGUAUGCCAUUCAUAAGAAUGAUUGCUUAUAACACUGAUCAGAUCAUCAAUGUAGUACAAAAUCAUA